UUAAUAGGAUAUUAAUAUUAAUCUUCUGUUUUAACUUUUGUUAACUAGUCAGAGGGGACAUACAUUUUUGGAAAUCAAUAGGAAAAUAAUGUACUGUCACCCAGUGAAAAACAGCAAGGUUACAGCCAUGUGAUCAUUCGGAGAUGUACAUACUCAGAGGGCUGUCUCUAUGUGGUGCUUCCUGCCCAUUCUCGGUGAUCAACAGAACAUUUUUCCACAGAGAGACCUGUUCCCCAACUGGUGUGAUGCGAGUUUUUUUAGACAAGUGGAGGCAGAAGCUCACCAGAUCUUUCCUGCCUCCUUCCCCCUGCCGCCAGCUUGGUCUUCACAGUUCUCUGCAUUCUCCCAAGAGCAGCAGAAAAUGAACAUAUCUCAGGCAUCGGUGUCAUUCAAGGACGUGACUGUCGAAUUCACUCAGGAGGAGUGGCAACAGAUGGGUCCUAUUCAGAAGACCCUGUACAGAGAUGUGAUGAUAGAGAACUACAACAACCUAGUCUCAGUGGGGAACUGCAUUUUCAAACCAGAGGUGAUCUUCAAGUUGGAGCAAGGAGAAGAACCUUGGUUCUUGGAGGAGGAAUUCUCAAACCAGAACCAUAAAGAAGAUUACAGAGAUGAUAAUCUAAUCAAGAGGAACAAGAAAAUCAAAGACAAACAAUUGCAGCAAGUAAUACUUAUCCAUAGUAAACCACUGCCUAGAGAGGAAAAGGAAGUUUUGAGAAAAUCAUUUAUUCAGCACGUAACUCCUGUUUCUUCAACAAAAAUGCCCUGUAAAUAUGACUCAUGGGGAGUGAAUUUCCAAAAUGUUUCUCAAUUGAUCAUUAAUAAUAGAAAAUAUUCAACUAAAAAGACAGAUUGUUAUAAUGUAUGUGAAGAUUUGUCUUUCAAAAUUAAGUUUGAGAGAACUCAUACUGGAGAGAAAUUUCAUGAAUAUAAUACAAAUAGGGGAACCCUCAGUUAUAAGGAAAAUCUUCCUAAGCAUCAAAAGUGUCAAACGUUGAAGCAAUCUUUUGAAUUUAAUGAAAUUGGAAAAGGCUUCUAUGGUGAGGCUGCCUGUGUUAAGUAUAAGAGUACUCAUACAGAACAUUCCUGUAAAGAUAAUGAAUUUAGGAAAAACUAUGAUAAGACAAUUCUCCUUGACUACGAAAGAACUGGAACAGGGGAGAAACACUCUCAUCUUACUCAGUGUGGGAAAUCCUUCUGUGAGAAGUCAGUUGUCAAGGAAUACACUAAAUUUAACAUGACCGUGAAGCAUCAUGAAUGUAUUACAAAUGGGAAUAAUUUCAGCAGGAAGUCAUACCUCACUCAACCACAGAGAACUGUCACAGGAGAGAAUCCACUGGUAUGUAAUGUCAGAAAACAAACUGAGGAUAAACCUUUUGAAUAUCAUGAAAAUAGGAAGUCCUACCCGAUAACAGCCCACAAAGUACACCAGAGAACUCAUGCUGAAGUAAAACCCUAUAAAUGUAAUGAAUGUGGAAAAUCCUUCUGUCAAAAAGGACAUCUCAUUCAACAUCAGAGAACUCACACUGGAGAGAAACCAUUUGAAUGUAAUGAAUGUGGAAAAACGUUUUCCCAGAAGUCACACCUCAGUACACAUCAAAGAAUUCACACAGCAGAGAAGCCCUAUAAAUGUAAUGACUGUGGGAAAACAUUUGUCCAGAAGUCAACCCUCAGGGGACAUCAAAGAAUUCACACAGGAGAGAAACCCUAUGAAUGUUGUGAAUGUGGGAAAACUUUUGUUCAAAAGUCAACCCUGAGAGAUCAUCAUAGAAUUCACACAGGGGAGAAAUCCUUUCAAUGUAACGAAUGUGGGAAAACUUUUGGCCAGAAGUCAAACCUCAGAAUACAUCAGAGAACUCAUAGUGAGAAAACGUAUCAAUGUAAAGAAUGUGAAAAAUCCUUCUGGCGGAAAGACCAUCUCAUUCAACAUCAGAAAACUCACACGGGAGAGAAACCAUUUAAAUGUAAUGACUGUGGGAAAACUUUUGCCCGGACAUCAACCCUCAGGGUUCAUCAGAGAAUUCACACUGGAGAGAAACCAUUUAAAUGUAAUGAGUGUGGGAAAAAAUUUGUCCGGAAGGCAAUCCUGAGUGAUCACCAGAGAAUUCAUACAGGAGAGAAACCCUUUCAGUGUUAUAAAUGUGGAAAAACGUUUGGCCAAAAAUCAAACCUUAGAAUACAUCAGAGAACUCACAGUGGGGAAGAAUCUUAUGAAUGGAAUGAAUAUGGAAAAUUGCUUAAGAAAUCAACCCUAAAUGUAUGCCAGAGAAUUCAGGGAGGAGGAAAACCAUAUUGAUAUAACAUGGGAAAUCCUUCUAAGAGCCCAACCCAUUUGACAUCAAAAAAUUCACACGGGAGAGAAACCACAUAAAUAUGAAUAUAGGAAGAAUUUUGCCCAAAAGGCAACUCAGAGUAUAUCAGAGAAUUCACACAGAAUUUCUUUCAAGGUACUAUGGGAACCCUAUUGGAUGGAGUCAUGCCCUGUUAGAUAACUCAUAUUACAUGUGCUGGGUAAUCUUCACAUAGUAAGAAUUUCCUUUUUUCUCCAGGCUCUAGCUAAGCUAAAUUUCCUUAUCUCCUUUUCAUCUAAGUGGUGCUUUUCAAGUGGCUGGUAGACUGAGAAUGCUUAUGUUGUAUGCCAUACCUAGUUCUGACAAAUAAAAGGCUUCCCUGGUCAAAGCAGUAUCUCAGCCAUACAUGAAAUAGUAGUAGCUGUCCCUUAGAGAGGAAAUAUGUCCCCCACCUCGCUGCCUGAAGCAAAGCUGCUGGUUCAGUAGGACCCUCAACCUAUAAGUACUUUAAUUGGGCCUGGGAGUUCCAUCGUGGCUCAGUGGUUAACAAAUACAACUAGGAACCAUGAGGUUGCGAGUUCAAUCCCUGGCCUUGCUCAGUGGGUUAAGGAUCCGGCGUUGCCCUGAGCUGUGGGGUAGGUCCCAGAUGCGGCUCGGAUCCUGUGUUGCUGUGGCUCUGGUGUAGGCUGGCAGCUGCAGCUCCAAUUGGACCCCUAGCCUGGGAACCUCCAUAUGCUGCAGGAGUGGCCCUAGAAAAGGCAAAAAGACAAAAAAAAAAGAAAAGAAAGUGGGCCUGGUUCACUGCUGGUUUGGCAGACAGUGAUUAUUCAGCCUCAGUGCCAUAAUGCAGACCCUAAAACAGAUGUGGCUGCUCCUGUCACUGAGCAAAACACAAAGAUGUUCUCUACUCUGGCUGUCUCCCCUUUGAUGAAACUCAGUGCAUUUCCAUGGACUCUUUGGCUCUUACUGCACCUUGCAAUUUGACAUGCCUAUUGUAAAAACUAUAGGAUUAUAAAAAGCACCUCUUUGGCACUGUCAACUGUGGGGAGAAAGUCACAGCUGCUGAGAACAACAUCUGGGUUUUUCAGCUAGAUUCACAUGGUAAGGACCAUUCUCUGAUAAGACUGACUGGAAUCAAGCUGCUGAUCAAGCCCCCCCCCCCAACCCUGAGUGCCAGGAUUGCUACCCAGAUCCAUCAUAGUGAUGGCAACACAUUUGCCAUCUUACCCUGGAUACAAAGUAAAGGUCUCUACAUAUCCAGUGCUUCCUUUGAUGUCAUUUGAUAUAAGAAUGUACAGUUUUUUCCUUCUGGAUUAGUAGCCAGUGCUCCAUAUGCCAUUUGAUUAACUCACUCCUUGCCUCCUGAUUUUACAUAUCUUCACAUACUAACUUGCCAAUUGCAAAGAUACUGCAUAUGACUACUCAUGACCCAUUCCCUACUUUCUGUUAUAUUAGUAACAGAGUCUCCUUUUAUGAACAGGGAGGCCACAUACUUCAUAUGAGCCAAAAUGCCCUCUUUCUGGCCUGAAUGUUUCACUGAAGGGUAUUUGAAUCAAGUUUAGAAAAAGAAAAUACCUCUUAGCACUUUGGAAAUAGAACAUCCCAGACCAGUUACAUCAUUACUCUAGAGCUGCCAGCAGCCUUGCCAAGAAUAUUUGCCUGCAGUAAGAGAAAAUAAUGUCCAGUUAGUACUGUAGUCCCUGAAAAUCAAGAAGCUACUGUUUACUCCAUUUUUAUAACAGUUGGUAAUACAUAGAAAGUCAUUCAUAAAAUUUUUGUUUCUUAAGAUUUGUAGAAUCAUCUUCGUAUCUCCCUUUUUAUAUAUAAUCUUUUAGGAUUAUGAUUAAAUCUGCUGUUAUGUGCCUCUCCAUAUAACUAACACAUUAUCAACUGGAGACCAUGUCUAUGCUGUAGUCACAAAAGCUCCCUUCUCCCUGCCUGGUUUAUCUCCUUUCCAAGUAUUAACUUGUAUUCCAACAGAUGGGUGCCUCAUCUAGAGACACUGACAGAGUGAAUUUCCUGUCUUUCUCCUACUAAAGAUCUUCAAGCUAAUAAACGUCUCUAUCAGGGCAGGAAUUUUAUGUGCUGUGUUCAUAAUGUGACCCAAGCGUUAUAAACAAUUCCUUUACAAAUUAGGCACUCAGAAAUGCUUGCUGAAGUGAUAGCUGAACAUUUUUUGAUGCUUCAAAUUAUUUUAUGAGAUUAUUCAUCAUUUAUUAUAAAUAAGGAAAAUUAUUGCUAUAAGCUCCCACCCACACUCGUCUCUUUUGGAUAUUUUCUAAAAUUGCUAAAAGGAACAUAACUUGUUAAUAUUCAGAAGUGUUUGGUACUGUUCUUCAGAUCUCUUUCAGC